CCUCGAAGGUUCCCUCACAUUGACGAGACCUGCCCAUUCGCUUGAGGCAAAUUGGAGGCUCAGUGUCGUGUGUACAAUUCACUGCGGGCUGGACUCGACUCAACACAAUCAAAUACACAGAAUCAACAGAGUAGACUGCGACCCGCUGUCAGGUUCUAUCCAACAAGAGGCAGCGCCUCUGAAGUCCUGACACCAGCGACAUCAGUAACCAUCAGUACCACCUCGCUGAAUCUCAUUACCAUUUUCCUUCACGUUCAAAGCCAUUGAUUCCGUGUUCAAGACAUCGCCAGCUGGUCUUGGUCACUGCAGUAGCGACUAAGAAACAACUGGAAAUCCCGCCUCUCCAGUGGCAGCUGUGUUAGUACACUAUGUACUCGCAACACGCAGCUAUGGCGGCAGCACCACCCCAAAAACCAGAGACCUUCAUGCUCAGCACAGAAGCCCAGCAAGCACUACCACACGAUGCUCAGGUAGCGCUGCAACAAGUAGACAAUCUAAAAUAUUUCCUCAUCUCGGCACCUGUCGACUGGCAACCCGACCAGUACAUCCGAAGAUUUUUGCUUCCCACUGGCGAAUACGUAUCCUGCGUGCUAUGGAACAACUUGUUCCACAUUUCGGGCACCGACAUCGUGCGGUGCCUGUCGUUCCGCUUCCAGGCGUUCGGCCGACCAGUCAAAAACUCCAAGAAGUUCGAGGAGGGCAUCUUUUCAGACCUGCGAAAUCUGAAGUCGGGAACUGAUGCUUCUCUGGAGGAGCCCAAGAGCCCUUUCCUGGACUUUCUCUACAAGAACAACUGCAUUCGAACACAAAAGAAGCAAAAGGUUUUCUACUGGUACAGCGUGCCACAUGAUCGACUCUUCCUUGACGCGCUGGAGCGCGACCUUAAGAGGGAAAAGAUGGGCCAGGAAGCCACCACCAUGGCCGUCAGCGAGCCUGCUCUGUCGUUCCAGUACGACUCGUCGCAGUCUCUGUACGAGCAACUCACCAAGGCCCAGCAAGCCAACUCUUCGUCCUUCAACGCGCAGCAAGUGUCGUUUCCUCAGUCGCAAGCCCCGUCACCAGUGAUGAGGGCGAUGGACUCGAUGCCUCCUCCGCAGAUGAUCCCCCAAUCGAUGGCCCCUUUAUCGGAUGGCAUGGACGCCAUGGUCCAAUAUCAACAGAUGGCGAUGGCGCAGGCCCAGGCGCACGCUCAGGCACAGGCACAGCAGCCCAUGGCUCAAAUUCCGCAGGUCGUCAAGCGAGAGCCUGACUACGCUCGCGUCCAGUACAACCAAAAUGGCGUCCCCAUGCAUGGUCAUCAGCGUCACGCGUCCAUGCCUGCAUAUGGCCUGGAAUACUCGCCAGCGCCGUCUUUUGUCUCUUCUCAGUACGAGGACUACAGCAACCGCGGCAUCUCCUUCGAGCCUAUCACGCCUCCCCAACAGGCUCUUGGCCUCGGUGCAGAGCCUGCCUACAUUGCAAACGAGGAGACGGGCUUGUACACCGCCAUCCCUGAUCACAUGGGCGGCGUGAACGGACUGAAUGGCAUGAUGCAGCUUCCACCCUCCAACCUGGCCGGCCCGCAAUUCUCCCGCGCUUAUGGGGCCAACAACGUUUACUCGGUCAUUGAGGGUUCCCCGACUUACAAGCAGAGGAGGCGUCGUUCGUCCAUCCCCCCGUCCAUGUCCGUGAUCGCUGCUGCGACCGCCCAGGCCCAGGCUCAAGCUGCUGCCCACCGUCCAUCUGAUCUGAGAAGGUCCGUUUCGGCGUCCGUCGGGCCGUUGGCUGAGGGCGACGAGGACAACAACUCGCCGCCUGGGCUGUCCUACAGCAACUCGGGUAUGUCGAUGGCAAGCCAACAACAACACCACAAGGAGCUGCUCGAUAUGUCUCGACACGGCACGCCGCUCUCAACCGUCGAGGGUAGCCCCGCUCUCAACCCUUUGUCCCUCCAGCACCAACAGCAAGAAUUUGUUCAUAUGCACCACGACGACUUGAACGGAGACGUAAUGAGUGAGCGACGGACAACGCAGACUGGUGCGCCAAACGUGGUCAGACGAGCCCGGUCUGCCACGGUCAUGGAGCUCGGCCCGUAUCCCCAGAAAUCUCACUCAUGCCCCAUCCCCACGUGCGGCCGUCUCUUCAAGCGCUUAGAGCACCUGAAGCGACACGUGAGAACACAUACCCAAGAAAGACCCUACAUCUGCCCUUAUUGUAGCAAGGCAUUCUCCAGAUCAGACAACCUAGCACAGUAUGCCCCCUUACCUUUCCUUGACGUAUCGUUUUCCUUGUACGCUCGAAUCCUGUGAUGAGUUGCGAUGUAUGGUGCGAAGCGAAAGCCGAUAUACGAAACCAAAGCAGUCAACCCGAAUCAUGUCACAACCACAGCCACAGCACAGCACAACAAUCAAGACUUCAUCAUUACCAGGCAGCAAGUCAUUCCAGCAAGAAAAUGUAUGAAGACUAACAGAUCGCCCUCAACAGACACAAGCGAACACACGAUCGCGGUGACGGCGCCGAAGGCGGCUUUACUCUUUCGGGUG